AUUAUGCUAUUGUUAUUGUAUUUUAAUCUUUAUGGUGACAUUAUGUAAUUGAAUGUCAUUUUCAUUACAUAGGAAAUGUAAACAAAUGGACGUUAAUAACUGUCCGUAAGUAGGCUACAUGUUUGUUCAGUGAAGUAAAAAGCCAUGACGAUGAUUGACUGAAUUAGAUCAUGGAGCUGUCUGAAUGGCAGAUAUUUAAACGUAUGGUUAUCCGUGAUUGGUUACCUGUUUCCAUAGUGAAUGACAAUCGAUCCCUCGCACUGUUUCACUGCCUCUACCCCGCCCUCUCCAUCUCAGAGUGGGGCAAGUGGAUGAUCUCAAACUUGGCUCAAACAUUGUAUCAGCCACAUAAAUAUUCAAAGCACAAUACGUCAUCUGCGAAGGUGGAUCAUAAAGAGUGCCAAUAUCUAUAAAACGCGGGGCGAACGGGAAACAUUAACGGAGGUCAUUUUUGGGAAAACUGAGGGAGGAAUUCGCAGGAUCUGAAUUAUGAUUCAGCACUAAAAAAAAAUCGCUGAAGGACACGACAGUGAUGCAUCUUCUGAAAUAUAGAGCCUCUGAUUUUACCGGUCUCUGAAUCUUCUGCCAACUGGAACUUACUCGGAAAGUAGAAAGCAUCGGGGGGCUCGUACAGGUCUCGACUUUUUGGAGAUGUUCCUGCCAGAGUUCAGUCAAUUCUCAGCACUGGCUACUGCAAUCACAUCUGUGACAUCUGUCCUGUUGCUGCUCGCUGUCUCCCGACAAUUAUGGGCACUCCGGUGGUCCAUCACACGGGAUAGAGAUAAUAAACUUCCUCUUCCUAAUGGCUCCAUGGGCUGGCCACUCAUUGGAGAAACAUUCCACUGGUUGUUUCAGGGGUCAAACUUUCACGUCUCCAGGAGGGAAAAAUACGGAAACGUAUUUAAAACCCACCUUUUAGGGCAACCGCUUAUCCGUGUAACAGGGGCAGAGAAUAUCCGUAAAAUCCUGCUCGGAGAACACAGCUUGGUGUGCACUCAGUGGCCACAGAGCGCUCGGAUCAUCCUGGGACCGAACACGCUGGUUAACUCCAUUGGAGAUCUUCAUAAGCAAAAAAGAAAAAUCUUGUUAAAAGUGUUCAGCCGCGCGGCUUUGGAGACAUACAUCCCCAGAUUGCAGGAUGUUGUCAGGACUGAAAUUGUCAAGUGGUGUUCAAAGCCUGGUUCUGUGAACGUGUUCGGUGCAGCUAAAGCGCUCACUUUCCGCAUUGCUGUCCGGGUGCUCUUGGGACUGAGCAUGGGAGACGCCGAUGUUGAGCAUCUCUCCAAAAUAUUCGAGGAGCUCAUGAACAACCUCUUCUCACUCCCAAUUGAUGUGUCCUUCAGUGGACUCCGAAAGGGUAUAAAGGCCCGUGAAAAACUUCACGCAUUUAUGGAGAAAAUAAUCGCAGAGAAACUACAGAACCAACGGUGCGACGGAAACGAUGCAUUUGACUACAUACUAAGUAGUGCCAAGGAAAAUGGGCAUACCUUAACUGUUCAAGAACUUAAGGAGGCUGCGGUGGAGCUCAUCUUCGCUGCGCACUCAACCACUGCCAGUGCCUCCACCUCUCUUAUCCUCCAGCUGCUGAAGCAUCCGUCUGUAGUUGAAAAGGCCCGGCAUGAACUGGAGGCACAUGGGCUAAGAAGAGGUUCGAAAUGUGGCAGUCGCUCAAUUCUCACGGAAUGGGAUCCGGAGGAACACAGUAUUCCAUCAGAGGAUGAGGCGACAGAAAAAGGCGGGAAUGAAAGUUUAAGACUUGGAACAGAGACCAACUGUCCGCUGUUUAGCACUAGAAUAAAUUGCUGUGAACCCGCGGAGCACCGCAUUGAGCAAUGCCUAGAUUCUAGCUUCAGUCGUCCUUAUCUGAGUUUGAAGAAACUGAACCAACUGCGUUACCUGGACUGUAUUGUUAAGGAAGUGCUCCGGUUUCUCCCACCGGUGUCCGGAGGUUACAGGACAGCACUCCAGACCUUCGAAUUAGACGGUUAUCAGAUUCCCAAAGGAUGGAGUGUCAUGUACAGCAUCAGAGACACACACGAGACAGCUGCAGUGUAUCAGAGUCCAGAAGCAUUCGACCCCGAUCGCUUUGGAAGCGGGCGAGAGGAAAGCAGGAUCGGACGCUUUAACUACGUCCCGUUUGGCGGCGGUGUGAGGAGCUGUAUUGGAAGGGAACUGGCACAGAUCAUACUAAAGACUCUGGCUAUCGAGCUACUCUGCACUGCUGAGUGGAGGCUGGCCACGCAGACCUUCCCCAAGAUGCAGACUGUGCCCAUUGUUCACCCAGUUAAUGGACUACAUGUUUAUUUUGACUUUGUAAAUUCUGGGAAGACACUACCCGAAAGUCAGUCUGAGUGUAUUUAGAUCUAUUUAUCUACACUUCACGUGUCAAGGGGCAACCACUACACAAAGUGGUCAUCAGCACAUUUUGAAUUGGGCAAGUUUUCGCAGUUUCGUCCAUUGGCCAAAAUUUAAUAGGACAAUGCACCAUCCACAAGAUUUCCUUCAACACGCUGCUACCAAAAUACAAAAAUGCAAGGUGAAACUGAUUCCACAAAAGCUUCAUCAAAUCAGUCUCUAGGAAUCUUGGUCUUGCAUGCUUUCGCACUUAACUUGCUUAGGAGAUCACCAUUUUAUAUAUAUGUAUAUGUAUAUAUAUAUAUAUACACACACACACACACAUUGUUCAAAAAUGAAGUGUAAACUGUAGUCUAAGAUGCAUUCAAAGUAAAACUGUUUUCUAAUAUGUAAUAUUUAUACUUAAUGUGAAUUAUGAAAUCUACCUUCAGAAGAAAAUAAAUCUUUAAAACAAUUAUUUAUAUUCUGGAAAGAUAUACAAUGACGAAAAACCAAGAACAGUAAUGCAAUUGCACGGGGCAAAUACUUCAUACAAUAAUAAGGCCCGGUGUUAGGAAAAACACUACAGAGCAAUAGGUGCAACAGACUAGUGCAAUAGACAGAGCACUGUAUGACAGUACAGAGUAUGGAGAAGUAAUGCAUUAUUUGACCAAGUGUCACCUGAUGUAAAAAAAAAAUGCUGUUGAUAUGUUACUUGAUUGUGAGUACAAAUGCUGCCACAUGAUGUUCUGAUGUUGUACAUAUAAGCAUGGUAGUUGUUUCAAACUCUGUGCUUCUUAUAUUGUGUUAAAUAUAUCAGGAGACUACUCCUUACUUAAUUUUUAUGAUGUAUUGCCUUGUUUGGCCAGUCAUCUCUCACUCCCUUUCCAUGGCUUUGGUAAAGUUACCCAGAAGAGAUAUUUGAAACCUGUGGGAGCCAUUUAAUUAAAGGAAAAGGAGGAUUCAUAUCCAAUUAUGCCAUAAAGACAUUAUUACACUUAAAUUACAAAAAUAACCUUUUCAGCUUUAAAUAAAAGUAUAAGUGUGACCCAUGAUAUAAAUAGCACUGCUAAAAUAACAAUACAAAGGUGAACAGCUUUUUUGUACUGAAUCCAACUCUCAAAGCACUACAAGACCUACCUGGCCACAGGGUAUUAGAGGGAAAGCUUUUCCAGGCACUAGACCCCUAGAGGUAGGGUGUGUACUUGUGCGUACAUGCUCACAUGAGGGGGGGGGGGGGGGUUUCUCAUAAUUUCUUCCCCUGCAUAAAUCAUUUCUACAUCCAUCCCUGCCUGGCCAAAUCACAUAUGAUCCAUAAUUAAUAAUGAGGCCAUCCUGAAAUGCACUGAUAACGAACGCCAAAUGUGAAGCAUCAUGUUUUAUGCUCUAUGAAAACAAAAUGCGCGUGCUGAAAAAAAAACUAGUUUUUUUUUAAACUCCUCACCACCACCAACUGUCCCUACUAUUGCUGUGCCUUUCUAAUGUACAUUACCUUUGUAUUAAAUGAAUUUCGUAUUUAUUCCACAUUCCUGUUUGGUAUAGUAUUACAUGUAACCUUGCAUACCAGUAGGCCUACGGAAUAAAAAUGAGUGCGACCUGAACAUGCGUCCUUCGUAACUACAGUUUGUUUGAAUGUUUAUAUUUAUUCAGAGAAUGAUGCUCAUGGUUAGGAUUAGUUUAUGGGGAGCAGUACCUAUGGCUUAUGGAAAUCAAGAUUGUUUAUUAUUAUUAUUAUUGUUAUCAUUGAGCCCUGGUAGGCAAACUGUUGUGUCCAUUAUUGGUGGGUUUACUUUUUGUGAGUUAAUGUCUUUUUUUUUUUUGUAUUAUUUCAGUUUUAUUGUAUGUUUGUACGUUUUCAAUUGGCCACAACCGUUGUGUUCAAUGAAGGAUAAUGUCAAUACAGAAUUUUGUGACAGCUAGCUGAAAUGCUGGUAUGGGGGCAUUCAGGAAUUUGUGUUCUUCAGCAAGAGAAUACACUUCAAGCAAUCAAAAACAUCCACUAAAACUAAAUGUAUCUAUUUUUUAACCCAGAAAGUGAACAGUCUCUGUAAAUAUAAAUGAACAAGGUUAUUGUCUUAUUUAGAGAAUGAUUAAGAAAAAAAAACAGGAAUUGAGCAAAAAGGUCACCAGAACAUAUGGACACAAAUAUGUACUAUGCAAUUCUUUGAUUAAUAAUUGUUUUAAUGUGUAAUGACAAAUUUUUAAUUGAUGUUAGAUUUGUUUUGGGGCAAAUUUCAUGUUUCAUGAAAUAUAUAAUAUUGGAAGAAGGCAUGUAUCAUGUGAUUCAUAGUGGCCUUUCUCCUGGCUGUAGGUUACUUCCAAGCACUAAAUGUAAUUAAAAUUCUUAGAUAG